AUGGCCAAAUUCAUAAGAACCUCACCAUUGUCAUUCUUUAAUUACAAUUCAAUAAUUCUAUUUUUGAUUUGUUGUUGUUGUUUAGUGUUUGGUGAUGCAGACACUAAUGCCACUCUGGAUGCUUCAGAUUUUGGCGUAACAAGUGGACAGGCCACUUUUUAUUAUCAAAAGGGAAUUUCAGGAUCAUGUGGUAAAGUCAGCAGGGAUCGAGAUAUGAACGCGCCGCAAUAUGAUCAACAAAACCGGUGUGGCAGAUGCGUAAGGAUUGUGGGGCCGCUUGGUUCUAUCAAAGUGAGGAUUGUGGAUCGAUGUGCCGACUGUGCUUGGGGUAACAUCGACCUGAGUCCGCUCGCUUUCUCGAAUAUAGCAGAAUCUGCGGAAGGUCGUGUAUCAAUGAUAUGGAGCUAUGUCAAAUGCUAA